UGGAAAAUUUUCUAUUUUUAGCGAGGGGUACUGUCAAAAAGUUAAGAAAAAUUUUCAAACAAAUUGACGCAGAAAAAUCCCCAUGGUAAAAUUAAACAAUUUUAAAAAUUUUUCUUAACUUUUUGGCGGUACCCCUCGCUAAAAAUAGAAAAUUUUCCAGGUUAACAAGCGUGCUGAAUACGAAAAAGCACUUUGCUUUAACGCUAAAUAAACUUUGAUUUUUUGUCGGUGAUAUGGUUGGUUUUGAGUUGUUAAAAAGUGCUUUUUCGUAUUUAGCACACUCUGUAACACCGAAGAUUUUCUAUUUUUGGUGAAGAAUGCUUCCAAAAUUUUGAAAAAAAAUGAGGCAAAACAGUUUUCCGAGAAAAUAUUAGUUUGAAAAAUUUUCCUAACCUUUUGGUAGUACGAAAAGUAACUCAAAACCAACUUUAAUUUUUCGGAUGAUAUGCUUAACUAAGCUUAUACUUAUGUCACUUUAAUUUUUAAAAGGGGUCGACUGAUCGUGCAGAUCAUAAUGGCAAAAAAUUUAAAAUUUGACGUUGUUGAUUAUGUUAUAUUUGCCUUGCUCUUGCUUAUAUCGGCUGGGAUUGGCUUUUUCUACGGAUGUCGAAAGAAAAAAGGUGAACAAGUUUCAGCAAAAAGUUAUCUACUUGGGAACAAAUCGAUGGGUGUGAGUUAGAGAGCAUUCAUUUGUUCUAGAAUAUAUUUAAUUUUGUUCGUGUUCUGUAGAUAUUUCCAACUGCUAUGAGUUUAUUAGCAAGUUUUAUGUCCGCCAUAACCAUAUUGGGUACCCCUGCAGAAAUAUAUGUUUACGGCACACAAUAUUGGGUCAUAGGUAUUAGUUACAUUUUUACAAUUUAUUUUACGGCAAUAUUAUUUAUGCCCAUGUUUGUUAAACUUAAUGUAACAAGUGCUUAUGAGGUUUCAAUCAAGCACAGUGCAUUAACAUUGAAUUUGGUGGGUUUACUAUGUAUUUUGUCUCUAUGUUGUGGUGUUGGUCUUGUUAUGUUCGCAAAAUAUUCCAUAUGCGAUCCAUUAAAACUUGGUUUAAUAAAACAAAGUGAUCAAUUAUAUCCAUUAUUUGUCAUGGAAACAUUGAAACGUCUUAAAGGUCUACCCGGAAUAUUUCUUGCAUGUGUUUUCAGUGGUGCACUCAGUACAUUAUCAUCCGGACUCAAUAGUCUUGCCGCUGUUGUUCUAUCUGAUAUUGUCAAAUUUUUUUAUCAUAAAGAUAUAGGUGAUAAAAAAGAAUUAUGGAUAUCUCAAAUUUUAUCACUUGUAUUUGGUGUGAUAUGUAUUGCACUGACAUAUCUUGUCUCUUUACUUGGAAAUCUUCUUCAAUCUGCUCUAUCUUUGUUUGGCGUAUUCUCUGGUCCUAUAUCAGGUUUAUUCAUUGUCGGUUUCAUUGUUCCAUAUGUCAACUCAACGGUAAAAGUCUCUAAUUUUGAAGAUAUAAAAAAAAGUCCCUUAGUUCCAUUUUAUUCUAUGAGUUAUUUAUGGUAUACAUUGUUUUCUGUGAUUACUGUCACAAUUGUGAGUAUUAUCGUUAGUUUAUUGACUGGUUUCAGAAGACCAGAAACAAUUGAUGCAAAUUUAAUGUUACCUGUAUUUGAUAUACUAUGUCCGUUCAUACCAGAAAGACUUCUCGCAAAGUUGCGAUGUCAUGUGAAAUAUAGAGAAAGUCAACUAGAAAGUGAGAAACCAAAUUUAUUUCUUUAUAAAACAGUACCUCGACAUCACAAAUUGAGUCAACUAUCAUUACCGGGAUCUCUUGCUGUACAAUCAGCUAGUAGAGAACAUCAGACACAAGUUUAUCUUAAUCCAGCAUUUUUAAAUGAUGCUCAUUCAACUGUGAAAACAUGGACAAAAAUGACAAAACUUUGA